AUGGCGUGGGCGGACCUCCCGCUGGACCUGGUGGGUGAUGUGAUGGCGUAUCUCCCGCUCCCCGCCGACCGUGCCCGCUUCGCCGCCGUCUGCGGCGCAUGGCGCUCCGCGGCGCGCCAAUUGGCGGCGAGCGGCCGCAUGCCAUGGAUCCUACUCCCGAGCGGCGGCGUCUGCACCACCAUCGGCCACGCCGCCGCCUUCUUCCGGAUCCCGGGGCUCCCCGAGAAGACGACCUGCCUCGGCGGCGCCACCGGCGCCGAUGCGUGGCUGGUGCUCGAUUGCACCGACGACACGUGCCGGCGCACUCCGUUUUGGGACAACUACUGCCCAGACACAGGGACGUUCAAGGACGACCCGAGACCUGACGUCAAGCACAGGCACACCUACCUGCUGUACAAUCUCUUCUCCAACGUCACCGUGCCGCUGCCGGAGUUAGACGCCAUCAUCGGCCAUGUCACCGAGACCUUCGAGGUCUGCAAGGUGCUCAUGAUCAUGCCUCCUUCUUCUUCGUGGUCAACUCCGGAUGGCAACGAUGUUGUCAUUGCCGUCACCACCAACCACUGUGAGUACAAUGUCAUCCUGUGCCGCCCUGGCAAGGGAGUGUUUGUGCUACCCUACUAUAAGGUGAUUGACAUCGCGUUCGUCAGAGACAUACUCUAUGGGAUCACCAUGAGUGAGGAACUCCUCGCCUUCCACCUUGGCGAGGACGAGGAUGGAAGGCCUAACAUUACCAGGUUCGAAAGAGCCAUCAACAGUCCAUUGUCGUACGAUCAUGAUGAGUCAGAUGAAGAUGACGAUGACGAUGAGGAGGAGGAGGAGGAGGAAGAGGAGGAGGAUCAUAAUGAGUCAGAUGACGAUGAUCAUGAGUCAGAUGACAAUGACAAUGAUAAUGACAAUGACGAUGACGAUGACGAUGAGGAGGAGGAAGAGGGUAUCAGUAGUAUUGAUGAGUCAGAUGACGACGACGAGGCAGCAGCAAAUCAAGCAUGGAAUGAUGGACGUGUUCGACACGACGUCUUCGACUACUCAUCCAAUGACAUUUCAGUGGCCAUGUCAACGUAUUAG